GCAAAGUGUAAACGGUGAUGAUCUAUCUCAGGGUAGUUGUGAGAGCAAACGAAAUAAGAAUUAUGCGCAAAGUGUUAUUCCAUAAUAGUCAUCAAUGUCCCAAAAAGAUUUAUAAAGUACAGCAAUAACUUUCAAAUCUAGGACCUUACUGCCAUAAGGCACUUAUGACACCCCCUUAUUCCAAAGUCUCUUGCUUUUCACCUUUCUCAACAUCUGUAUAUAUGUCCUUCUCGCCUCUCUUAGCCCUUGUUGUGUGUCCCAGUUAUCACUGUCCUCAGACACAAACUGUUUCCUACUGAUUUGAUAAUCUAUGGUUGCAACUGGUUGGAUGGAUGGGUUAUCUUACCAGAUAGCACUUACAUUGAAAUACUUCUUUGGCAUGUAGAUCACAGCUGAAUGGUGGGUGUAGCAACCCACUUUAGAAAUAUCUGGUCUUGCAGUGCAGGGGUGGGAACUGGAUUUCUUACAGCUUGAGAUCCCCCUAUAAGCUGUGCCACCACAUUAAUGCACACCCAGUGGAAACCAUACUAAUAGCUGUCAGGCAAAAGUUUUCCUCAGUGUUAUUUACGGUAACUCUGAGCUCAGCUACCCCAGUGUAAGUCUGAAUGCAAGUUCAGCUAGGAAUACGCUGGCAUAGUUGGCUCCCCCCAGCUCACACAGGGCUUGGCUGGAUGAGCAAAAGCUUGCUGGGGCUGCAGGCCAGGACUUUAGCUGAAUACUAUCUCCAUUCAUUUCAGUCAUGUGACCUGGUGCUGUGCUGUUUUUAUUGUAAUUAUUGGUAUGUUUUAAACAUAUUUUAUAUAUUAUAUAUUUUUAAUUCUAUCAGUGUUUCGUUGUAUUUUAAUGGUUGAUUUUUCUAUGUUUCUAGUGGUUCUUGUUUUACCUGUAAGCCACCUUGAGCCCUUUCAGAGGAAAGGAAAUAAUGUAAAAUAAACAAAUAAGCAAUAACUAUCCAGGAUAGGGCACACUGACUAACUCAAGCAAUUGAUUAGAUAACCCUUUCAUUGAGAAAAGAAGCACUUCAUAUUAUUUGUCUAUUCAGCCACAUUAUAUGUGUGUGUUUUAACAUGCUGUGUUAGGUUCCAAAAAAGGAACUCAGUAUAUUGGUUGUCAGUUUAUUUAUGGCCCCAAUUCAAGGUGCAUUAGUGUUUAAAUCCCUGUAUGACUUGGGCCCCAAAUAUCUGAAAGAACACGUCCUCAGUUGGUAGAACAUGAAAGUCUUAAUCUUAGGGUUGUGGGUUCGAGUUCCACACUGGGCAAAAGAUUCCUGCAUUGCGGGGGUUGGACUAAAUGACCCUUGUGGACCUGUCUUCCUCCUUACUUACAACAAGCUAGAGGUUGAUUCUGCUUGUCAUUCUGCCUGCCUGUCUCCACCUAUUGCUGAUCUCCCUGCCUUCCUUACUAGUCCCAAAGACCAGUAGCUACCGCUGAAGGCAGAGGGACAUGCAGGAAUCCUGGUGACCACAACCCAGGCAUGCAUAUAUACCAGAGUUCUGUGCUGCUUAAUCUGCAUUCCCUAAGAAUUAAACUUUCGAGUGCAUUUUCUGUUUCCUCCGCCCUCCUGUUCCUACAUCCUGAGUCUAUCUGCAGUGUUACAGAACAAGCCCCUGAGGAGCUGGAAGUAGUAUCACUGACGGAAACUGCUAUUGCUGGCUCUGCUUCCUCUGCUCAGCCCAGCCCUAAGCUCUGGACCUGUGCACUGCAGCUGAAUCUAUGGGCAUGUCUGCAGAGGAGGACGAUUCCACCAGAUCCAAAGACCAGGAAUGGCCAGAAGUGGAGAAGGCUGAAAAAUUAGCCAGAGGAGCUGCCUUAAAAUGGGCAUCUGGGGUCUUUUACCGACCUGACAAAUUAGAGGGCCUUGAGGAGUAUCGGAUCCGAGAGAUACAACGCAACAGUUCCAUCCAAUCCCGCAUAAAGUCAACUGUGCAGUCCUACCUAGAGGGUGUGAGCACAGGCCUGGAGCAGUUGCACUCAGCCACUGCAGAUGUUCGACAUGUGCGGCAAGCAUUGAGAAACAUAUGCCAGUCCUUGGCAUCCAGCACCGACUCUUUUCAGAGCCUGCAGAGACUACGGGAGGUGGCAGUGGAACAUGCCCAGCUGGGUUCAGUUGCCCAGACAUUGCCCCAACUUUUCUCAGUACACAAACUCCUUUCCGAGACCUUUGACCUCCUGCAGAAUCAUCACCUGCUGGAAGCCCAUGCAGGAUUCAUGGAGCUGGAGAGUUUACGGGACAGCAUCCUGUUCCAGCUGCAUCACCACAACCUGCUCAGCUCCUUGCACCUGGCCAGUGUGGAGUCCUACUUCAGGGGCCUCCUGGAACUGAACGAUGCCCUUGCCCAGCACCUGUGGCACGUUGUGGCCCACAGCACACGACUGGUGUCUGAGGACCCCUCCCUCUUUGUGUCCACGCUACGCAUUAUUGAGCGUGAGGAGAGCAUUGAUGCUGCCUUGCUGCUGAGAACUCAGCUUCCUUCUGGCUUCCUCCCGCCAGGGCGCCCCAAGUGCUGGAGGCAGAAGUUCUUCCAGGUUAUACAGGACACCAUAGUCGCUUCCCACUUCCAGGCCAUGCCAAGCAAUGCCCAAGGACAGCACCUUGCUCAGCAUUUGGCGUCCUUGCAGAACAGCAUCCUGGCUGAACUGUGUGUUGUGAAAGACCUGAUGGCCCAGUGCUGCCCGCCUCACUACAAUAUCGUCGCAGCCUUUGCUGCCAUGUAUCAUCAAAGCCUUGCCAAACACCUGCAUCACAUCCUCACUCGGGAGCUGGAGAAGCAGGAGGUCUUUACUCUUCUCCAGUGGGCACUCCAUGUCUACCCAAGCUCAGAAAUGAUGACCCACCCAAGCCUUCUACCUGAAGUGGACAUCACAGUCUUGGGUCCUCUGCUUCCUGUGGAUACAGUAGACUACUUGGAGGAGACCUAUGUAGGGAAAGUACAGGCCAGCUUUGCUCAGUGGAUGCAGAAGACGCUGGAGAUGGAGUUUAAAGAGUGGUUCAGUGAAGAGGAGCCCGAAUCAGACUAUCAAGGCUGCUUCCAGACCAGCCUUCCCAUGAUUGUCAUGAAGAUGCUGGAUGAAAAUAUCCGAGUGGCAUCCCUCAUCUCAGAUACUCUGCAGCAGAAGUUGUGCAACAUGGCCCUGGAGGAGCUUGAGGUCUUUCUGGGCAGCCUAUAUGAAGACCUGGUGGGAUUUGGCAAGGAGCAUCAACGAGAACCUGCAACCUCCAAGUGCUAUGUGCCUUACUUGCUAUCAACCCUCAACAACUGCCAGGCUCUCAGCACCUCCAUUGCAGCCCUGUGUGAAGGCAGAUCAACAUCCUCAGAGGCCAGCAAGAUGUCAUCAACCCUUCACGUUGCCCUGGAGAAAGCCCAGAAGAAGGCAUGCCAGCUGCUGCUGGAGGAGAUGCUGAAAGAUCUGCAGUCUCCGUUUGCUCAGAUGCCCUCCCGUCAAUGGCUGUCUGGUGAAUCCCAGGUGCUGAGCAGCAUAUGCGAGGUGGUAGAAAUGCACAUGAAAUUCUUCUGCAGAACUCACAGACCAAUCAGCACGCACCUCCUGUCAGAGACUGAGCGCUUGGUCAUGAGCCAGUACGUGAGGGCUCUCUUGCAGAAAAGGCUAGUCUGCCGGAACGCUGAGGAGAGAAGCCGGAUGGCCAGGCAGAUGGUGCAAGAUGCCUCUCAGCUGACGGAGCUCUUUUGCAGCCUGGGCCUGGAAGAGAAUGAACAGACUCUCAGAGUGAUUGCUGACCUGCAGGAGCUCGUCAGUCUCAAGGACCCCUCCAUGCUGAGCCUGGAAGUACUGGGAUUCGUGACAAAAUAUCCUGAUAUCAGCGAAGACCACGUUUCCAUGCUCCUCCACUUGCGUGGCGACAUCUCUAAAGAAAUCCACAACAACGUGCUGGAGAUCAUGGUGCAGAAUCCUCAAGUACUGCCUGAGAACUAUCGCCCAGUUUUUAGCAACAUUUUUGUUCCAGCUCCGGAGCCACCCUUCUGCCUUGGGAAGUCCAAAUGUGCCUGAUACAUCCACAGAUGCUGCUAGGCUGCUCAUCUCUACAGCUGCAUUGCUGACUUUGCCAGGAUGGUAGCUGGUGACCUCUGGCAAGAUGGAACUUUAGUGGGGAUUGAGCCUGUUGAUGUUGUUGUUUUUACAUUCCAGUGAUCCAAAACACAUGGUGCCAUUUUGUGGAGGCGGGGCAGUGGGAGCAGGGGCAGGGCUAAAUUUAGUCAGUUUUGUGUGCUCUCUCCCAGAUUCACAGCCAGGCACAACCACAUGCAGUCUCCUUAUCAUGUGUGAGGAACCUUUGGCCCUCCAGAUGUUGCUGAACUACAAUUUCCAUCAUCCCUAGCCAUUGGCCAUGUUUGCUAUGACAGUUGGGAGUUCAGCAGCAUCUGUAGGGCCAAAGGCUCUCCACACCUGCUCUAUAUUCUAUGCAAGAUUAUACACAGGAAUGGUUGUCUAUUACGCACCAGUUGCACUAGUUUUCUGUGGGUUGUGUGGUUUUGGGUGUUAAUAUAUGCUCAGAUCACAUCCACGCCCAAACCUGCUUAUGAAUUCUACACAGUAUAUGAGUGCAACACUUGUGCAGACCAACUAGUACACUGAAGCCCGUAUCUUGUAGCGUUUAGAAAAGAUGAAUAUGAUUGCCAAAUGGCACCAAAGCCAGUUCCGGCCUGUACUCCCAAAAGAGCACUGCUUAUUGCAUUGUCAUUACAAAUUAUGCAGACAGGGUAAUGUGCUAUUAUCCUAGAACUAUGCAAAUCAUGGGGCACAAUCAUGGAGCACAAGAACAACAUAUUUAUCAA